AUGAUCCACACCACGGGCGGCGGCGGCUUCGCCACGACGACGCAGGACCUCGUCAAGCUCAUCGAGACGCCGAAGGAGCACUUUGGCGACCACCUCGCAACGCUCGGAGGCAUCGAAGGCGUCGCAGCCACGCUCAAGUCGUCCUUGGUCGCGGGUCUCGAUAGCAACAAUGCGCAGGACCUGCAGGCGCGCGAGGAUGUGUUUGGUCGCAACUACAUCGAGCCCGAAAAGUCCGCAUCGAUUCUUGAGCUCAUGUGGGAAGCCUUUCACGACUCGACGAUCAUUGUACUGACCAUUUCGGGCACCAUCUCGAUCAUCCUGGGGUUUGCCGUGCCGCACGAAGGCGGUAGCGGGGCCGACUGGAUCGAAGGAGCUUCGAUUCUUGGCGCUGUCUUUCUCGUUAUUACGGUCUCGGCUGUCAAUGACUACCAGAAGGAGAAGCAAUUCGCGGCCCUCAACGCAAUCAAGGAAGACGAGAAGAUCAAGGUCAUUCGCAACGGCGUACCCGCCGAAGUCUCCAAGUUCAAGCUUGUUGUCGGCGACAUCUUGCGCGUUGACCUCGGUGAUAUUUUGCCCGCGGACGGCCUCGUCUUUGAUGAGAGCGACCUCAAGAUCGACGAGUCGGCCAUGACGGGCGAGACCGACCUCAUGAAGAAGACUCGCACGGGGAUGGCGGCCAUGUUCAGUGGCACGCGCGUGAUGGAAGGCGUCGGGAAGAUGCUCGUCACGUGCGUCGGGGCGCAUAGCCAGAGCGGUAUCAUCUCGACGCUUGUCGCGGGCAAGGGCGAAGCCGGUAAGAAGGACGAAGCCAAGAAGAACGGCCCGCGCGACGACAACUGCAAGGUGGCGCCGGCCAAACCAAAGAGCGACGACGACGAAGUGUAUGAGGCGGAAGAAGAGAGCCCGCUUCAGGGCAAGCUCAACAGCCUCACGGUGGCCAUUGGGAAGGCCGGCACGACCAUGGCGGUCAUUGUUUUCCUGGCGAUGGCCGUCCGCUUCUCGAUCGAGACGUUUGUCCACGAAAGUAAUUCGUGGGACACCAAGUACUACUCGACGUACCUCGGGUUCUUCAUCACGGCGAUCACGGUGCUCGUCGUCGCGAUCCCCGAGGGCCUUCCGCUGGCAGUGACGAUCUCGCUCGCCUUCUCGGUCAAGAAGAUGCUCAAGGACAACAACCUCGUCCGGCACUUGGACGCGUGUGAGACCAUGGGCUCGGCGACCACCAUUUGCUCGGACAAGACGGGCACGUUGACAACAAACCGCAUGACGGUCAUGCAGUGUUGGCUCGGCGGGCGCGAGUACUCGGCCGCGACGCAGCUCCUUGGCGAGAUCUCGGAUUCGAUGAAGGAGGCGUUCAGCCACAGCAUUUGCCUCAACUCGACCGCUGAGAUCCUUCCGCCCAAACUGCCGGGGCAGCCGUUCGAGCACACGGGCAACAAGACCGAGUGCGCGCUUCUCACCUUUUGCAAGGAGCUCGGCAUCGACUACAGCAACGUCCGCAAGGAGCAGCCCAUUCAGCAUAUGCUCACGUUCAGCAGCAAGAAGAAGCGCAUGAGUGUCGUCGCCAAGCGAGGUGUCAACGCGCGAGUCUUUUGCAAGGGUGCGACCGAAGUAGUCUUGGGUCUGUGCAGUAAGAUGAAGCGUCUCGACGGCAGCGUCGCUGAGCUCUCGGCCGCCGAUAAAGAAGAGAUUGGCGAGAAGAUCAUCGACAAGUACGCAAGCCAAGGGUACCGCACCCUUUGCCUUGCGAUCCGGGACCUCGACAUCUCUUGCGACCAAGUCAAGACGUGGUCCGAUGACGACAUUGAGACGGACCUUACAUGCAUUGCGAUCGUCGGCAUCGAAGACCCGGUGCGCCCCGAGGUGCCCGAGGCCAUCCGGCUCUGCCACCGCGCCGGCAUCAUCGUGCGCAUGGUGACCGGCGACAACAUCAUGACGGCGCGCUCGAUCGCGGGCAAGUGCGGGAUUCUCAAGGCUGGCGACAACGCGCUCACAAUGGAGGGCUCCGAGUUCCGGAAGCGCGUCCUCGACAGCAACGGCAAGAUCAUCCAGUCCGAGUUUGAUAAGAUCUGGCCGCACCUCCGCGUCCUUGCGCGCUCUUCGCCCAAGGACAAGUACACGCUCGUGACGGGUCUCAAGCAGACCAAGCUCAUGCCGUACGGGCCGCAGGUCAUCGCCGUCACGGGCGACGGCACGAACGACGCACCGGCGCUCAAAAAGGCGAAUGUGGGCUUCGCCAUGGGGAUCUGCGGCACGGCGGUCGCCAAAGAUGCGUGCGACAUUAUCUUGAUGGACGACAACUUCACCUCGAUCGUCAACGCCGUCAAGUGGGGCCGCAACGUCUACGACUCGAUCGCCAAGUUUCUCCAGUUCCAAAUCACCGUCAACUUUGUCGCGGUCAUGCUCGCGGUGCUCGGUGCGCUCAUUCUCGAAGAGUCGCCGCUGAGUGCGAUCCAGCUGCUCUGGGUCAACUUGAUCAUGGACACAUUUGCGUCGCUAGCGCUCGCGACCGAACCACCGACGGCCGCGCUCCUCGAACGCCGGCCGUACUCGCGGACAAAGCCGCUUCUGAGUCGCUUGAUGGUCAAGCACAUUGUGUGCCAGGGCCUCUUCCAGCUCAUCGUGCUGCUCAUCAUGCUCUUCCAGGGCGAAGUCAUCUUCGAUGUGCCCUCCGGGCGUCGGGACGACAUCCAGGGCUCGGACAAGCGCUCGAUUCACUUUACGAUGCUCUUCAACACCUUUGUGUUCAUGCAGCUCUUCAACGAGCUCAACUGCCGCAAAAUCAACGACGAAGUCAACAUCUUUGUCGGUCUCCUCGACAACGCUCUCUUCUGCGGCAUCUCGGUCGUCCAAGUGUUCUUUCAAGUGCUCAUUGUGCAGUUUGGCGGCGUCCCGUUCAAAUGCCUCCCGCUCAACGGCGCGCAGUGGGGCUACUGCAUCUUCAUCGGCGCCUUGUCGCUGCCACUGGGCCUGCUCUUCCGCUGCCUCCGUCUCCCUCGCUGGAUGUCCUUUGUGCUCUUUGACGACGAAGGCGCCUCGGAGGCUGAAAUGAGCCAGUGGGUCCGCGGUCUCAAGCGCGUUCGGCAGCAAAUGGAGACGUCGCUCUUCAAGGCAAAGUGACGAGACGUAGGCUCCCUUUAUACACCCUACAUGGAGACAUAAACUACCCAUCAAUGUAUAUAUAUAUAUGUAUGUGCACAUA